UUCUACACUCUCUCUUACUACUUCUCUUUGGUUACAAAAAAUAGUUCUAAUCAACAUCAUGGUGAAAUCUAAGAAAUUCAGAGGUGUUAGGCAACGCCAUUGGGGCUCUUGGGUCUCCGAGAUUCGUCAUCCUUUAUUGAAAAGGAGGGUGUGGCUAGGAACAUUUGAGACAGCUGAAGAGGCAGCAAGAGCAUAUGAUGAAGCAGCAAUUUUAAUGAGUGGAAGAAAUGCAAAAACAAAUUUUCCUAUUUCUGAUAACAAGCCAAUAACAAAUAACAACAAUAAUAACCAAAAAUCAUUGGCAACUUCCUCUUCAAAUUCCACUACUACUACUACUACUACUACUAAUACAUCAUUAUCUGCAAUUCUAAGUGCAAAGCUUAGGAAAUGUUGCAAAUCACCUUCACCUUCACUUACUUGUCUAAGGCUUGACACUGAGAAUUCUCACUUUGGAGUGUGGCAAAAAAGAGCGGGCCCUCGUUCGGACUCAAAUUGGAUCAUGAUGGUUGAAUUGGAAAGGAAGAAGAAAGAAGAAGAUGGAGAAAUUGUGCCUAUUAUGGAUUCGGAAAUAUUACCUCCCAUUGUUGUUGAUGACGAUGAUUCAGAGAAGGUCGUAAAACCGGAAAAUGAAGAUGAACAAGAAGAUGUAGGAAAUGAUAAUAACAAUGGAUUGGAUGAAGAACAAAGAAUUGCACUUCAAAUGAUAGAAGAACUUCUUAAUCAUUAAAUGGAUGUGCUUAUUAUAUUUAUUUGUUUAUUUAUUUGAGUAUAGUCCCAAAGUUGUUGUUCAUUAUAAAUAUAUGGUGAACUAUUUGUUAGGGAGAUAUAAAAAUAUUAAACUACUCCCUUCGAAUUUAAAUUUAAACAAAAAAGUAUAUGUAUUUGUC